AUGAUUAAUGAUGAUAAAACUCACAUUAAGGGGAAAUCUUAUCUAUAAGAAACAAUUAGAAAUUAUAAGGUGAAUAACAAUGAUUAGGAAUAAGAAGAUUAAAAUGAGGGUUAUUAGCAAGAAUAAUAAUAAAAAAGUGAAGAUGAGGAAGAAGUAUAAGACAAUCAAGAUAUUACAGAUGUUUAGGAAUGGAGAGAAAUUUAUAAUCAAAUUAGACAUGAGCUGUUUGAGCAUAAUCAAAUAAAUGUUUUGAAGCUUUUGGCAUUAAACAAAACUACCAAGUUGAAACAUAAGAUUAUAAUGAUGAGCAGCGAAGAAGACGAAAAUAAUUAUGAUAGAUCUCGUGAGAGAGAACUUAUUUUUAAGAAAAUUAAAGCUUUAAAAGUAGAAUUGAGAAUUUACAAAGAAAAUAAACGCAGCAAAAAAGUAAGACCUGAGUAAUUGUAGGAUUAGAUUUAGGUUUUAGAAAAAAAAUUUGAUGAUUUGAAAUUAGAGCAGAUGGAUAUCUUUAAUUCGAUGGAAUCAGAGAAAAGUCAAAUCGAAGAAUAUCUAUCAAAAAUAGAUAAAAAGAUUAACAACGAAAGUGAUUCGGGAGAGGAUUCCGAUGAUGAAUCAGAAAAUGAUAAAUUGAAAAGAACCAAGAAGGAAAACUAUGGAGAUGAUUAUGAUCAAAAGGGAAAGAAAAAAAGUGAAGCAAUAAAGCUAGCUAAAAUGCUUAAAUAGAAUUCGCAGGUGAAUUUGUAUGAAGUAAAUGAAGUGGCAGAAGAAUAUUAGGAUGGUAAUGAGUCUGUUUUAACGAAAAAUGGGGGAGUUCACUCAUUUGCUAGAAGUUAACCUACUCAAAAUAAGCUAGAAAGCAAUAGUUAUUAAACUAAUUUAUAGUUACUGCUAGAUACCGAUGAAGAUGAAGAAGAGGAGUAUAGAGAAAUAUUAAAUUAAGUUGGUGUCAACUAUGGAGUAGAAGACCAGUAAUAAGAUGAAGAGUUAGAAAUAGAGAAUAAAAUUAAAACAAAACUUAAAAAGAAUAGCUCAAAUUAGAAUAAUAAGAUUCCUCCUUUAAGAAAAAAUAGCAUUAGCAAUAAGGAGAAUAUUGGAAGAGAAUAAGAUACUAAUCAUAGAAAUACUUAGCCUUCUUAGAGUAAAAACAGUUUGUCUGACUUUGGCAGUAAAGUUAACUAAAAAGAGACAGUUGAUGACUCAGGAAAUGAAGAUGAUCAGAGAGAGUAAGAGGGAGAUGAUUAUGAUCCUGAUGAAGAUAUAAUGAGAGAUGAAUUAAAUUUUGCAUUGCAGUAGGGUAAGAAACAAAAGAAGUAAAAUGAAUAGGAGCAAAAUGAUAUUAAAGAAAUUGAAAAUUAAAUUGAAGAUAUGGAAAAUGACCUUUAAGAUUUGAAACUCAACAUAGACAAAAUCUCGUAGUAAAUGAAGAAUAUGGGUGAUUAAAGCUUAGGCUGGCUCAAGGAAGAUCACCAAGACUUUCUUAGAGUCAAAAGCAAAUAUAAAAAUGAGAUCAACAACACAAAAUUUAUAGAGGAAUGUGUGAAUGUUAUUCCUGUUCAUGAUAAAGAAGAAAUCGAAGAACAUAUUCAACUUUACUUAUAAUAUUCAGCAUUGGAUUAAGAAAAAAAAGAUGUCUUAAAGAGAUAUAAACUCAUCAAGGAUCAAAAAACACAAUUAGAAGAAGAGUUAAAAUCUAAAAAAGUAAAAAUAUAAGAGGAAGUGCUCAUUUAAAGAAAACUCAAAAAGACCAGAGAGCAGAUCAUGGAAGAGCGUCUUAAACAAAAAGAUAAAAUUAUGGUUUGGAAGUAGAAUAAACUAAGUUAUAAGGAUAACAUCGUAUAGCAAGAGUUAGAAGAAAAGAGAAUACUUCAGUCUCUUGACAAAGAAAAGAGGAUCAGAGAUGAUAAACUCAAAGAAGAAAGGAAGUAACUUAUAAAAUAAUAUCAAGAACAGAAGGAAUUGGAGAGAAAAAAAUUGAGAGAAAUGGAAGAAUUAUAAAAAGAAAAAGAAAAAGUUAAAAAAAAGGUAUCUCUAACCGAAAUAACAAGAAUAAAAGCAAAGGAAGAAUAGAUGGUUAGAAAGAAACAAAUUAGAGUACUUGAAAAGAAAAUAUAAACAAAAGAGGAAUCCAUUGAUAUUUAGCGUAUAUAAUCCAUUAAUAAAGAAAAGUAUUCAUACAUAGAAAAUCGCUUACUUGAAUAAACAAAGGCUGCUGAGAGAAGAAUAACUCAAAAGUUUGACAACCAAGGUAAAAUUGAUAGAUUUGGACCUUCUGCUGACUCUUUUGCAGGAAACCCUCUCGGAAUAGGUGGCAGAUUAAAAGUUCCUUAAUGGAGAUCUAACAAUGUUUGA